GGGUCAGCUCGGGAACCGCCUGCCCGGGGCCGCCGGGCCCCGCUGGGGCUGCGGGGGGGCGAUGGGGCCGCAGGUGAUGGUGGCCACCGGGCUACUGUUCGCCACCGGGCUGCUGCUCGCCACCGACAGCGGGACCACCGGGAGCGGCGCAGGUGACAGUUUGUGGCAGAGCCAUGUGGGAUUGGGACGCUCCUGGUACAUCACCCCAUGGGUCCUGCAGGACAACAGGACUCUCAGCCUGGCUGAGGCGACGCAGGGGGGGUUCCCCAGCCGGCUGUGGGUCCUGCUGGAGGUGGAGGGGACACAACUGGUGCUGGAGCUGGAGCAAAACUGGGAGCUGGUGCAGGGCACCGGGACACUGCUCUAUUACCUGCCCAAUGGCACACGGGUGACACAGGAGGCCAGCCAGCAGGAGCAUUGCUGCUACCAGGGGACAGUGCAGAGCUUCCCUGGCUCCUGGGCCAGUCUCUGUGCCUGCGCUGGACUCAGCGGCCAACUCUGGCUGUCAGAGUCCAGGAGCUACAGGCUGGAGCCAGACACCAGCAGCCCCCUGGGGCACCACAUCCUGCACCAGCUUGGGGGGGUCCGGAUGGCACCGCGGGCCUGCAGGCAGGACCCCCUGGACCCACCCCGAGCAGCAGAUGAGACAAAACCCCAGAGGCCACAGAGGGGCAAGCGGGCAGCGGAGGAGCAGCGGUUCGUGGAGCUGGUGAUGGUUGUGGACCACGCUGCAUUCCAGAAUUACCCCACCCUGGACCGUGUCCGCACCCGGACCCUCGAAAUCGCCAACCAGGUGGAUGUGUUCUUCCAGCCACUGGGAGUGCGGGUGGCCCUGCUGGCAGUGGAGGUCUGGAGCGAGGGUGACAGGUUUGCCGUGGGUGGCAGCGCCAAAGCUGUCCUGGAGCGGUUCCUGCGCUGGCGCCAGCAGGACCUGCUGCCCCGCCUGCCCCACGACAAUGCUCAGCUCCUCACGGGCACUCACUUUGAUGAUGUCUCGGUGGGGAUGUCAGCUCAAGCCUCCAUGUGUUCCCCCGCACGCUCUGGGGGGGUCAGCAUGGACCACUCGGUCAGCACCAUUGUCAUGGCCUCCACCGUGGCCCAUCAGCUGGGGCACAACCUGGGCAUGCGGCACGAUGGCACCGGGCGCUUCUGCCACUGCAGUGACCUCCAGCAGGACCGUGGCUGCAUCAUGGCAUCACCCACGGGGCUGACGCCCGGCUUGAGCUUCAGCAACUGCAGCCAGCAGGACCUGGAGCACAGCCUGCAGCAAGGCCGGGGCUGGUGCCUCUCCAACAUCCCUGAGCCUCGGAGCCUGGAGGGGACUCCCAGCUGUGGGAAUCGCUUCCUGGAGCGAGGCGAGGGCUGUGACUGCGGCCUCAGCCUGGAGUGCACCGAUCCCUGCUGUAACAGCAGCACCUGCCAGCUGGUUCCUGGGGCUGCCUGUGCCACCGGCGCUGCCUGCUGCCAGGACUGCCAGCUGCGCCCUGCUGGACACCCCUGCCGGGAGCCCCUGGGUGAGUGUGACCUGCCCGAGUUCUGCGAUGGGGUCUCACCCCACUGCCCACCCGACACCUUCCUGCAGGACGGGCAGCCCUGCGCUGGCGGGCGGGCGCUCUGCUACAGCGGGGCCUGUGCCACCUACGAGGGACAGUGCCAGCAGCUGCUGGGGCCAGGCGCCGGUCCUGUCAACAGCUCCUGCAUGGCUGCCCUGAAUGCCAACGGGGACAAACGUGGGCACUGCGGGCAGCUCCCCAAUGGCUCCUACGUUGCCUGUGCCCAGCAGGAUGCUGGCUGUGGGAUGCUGCAGUGCCAGCGUGGCGCUGGGGACAGGCCAGAAAGGUCCUGCCAGGGGACCCUUCUGCCUGGGGACGAGGACGUGAGCGAUGCCGCUAUGGUGCUGCCUGGCACUGCCUGUGGCCCCGGGAAGGUCUGCUUCCAGCACCGCUGCCAGGACGUCUCCACACUGGGGGACCAGGAGUGCCAGAGCAAGUGCCAUGGGCACGGGGUCUGCAACAACCACGGGCACUGCCACUGCCACCGGGGAUGGGCCCCCCCGACCUGCCAGAGCCCUGGGGCAGGGGGCAGCCAGGACAGCGGCCCCGCUGCCACCGAGCGAGGGGGGAGCACCCUGCCCACCGCCCUGGCCCUGAGCACGCUGCUGGGGCUGGCGCUGGCCCUGGGGCUCUGCUGCACCCGCCGCGCCGGCCUGCACAAGCACCUCUGCCAGCUCGGCAAGGGGACAUCCUGCCGGUACAGCGCUGAGACCCGGGUGCGAUUCCUGGGUCCAGAAGCUGCAGCCGGAUGGAGCGGGAUCUCACAGCCGGAGCCUCGGGUGGGCAGCCAGGACCCCCCUGCACGCCCACGACCCCCACAGUGGCGUCGGGCCACGGAGCUGCAGGUCAUGGGGAGCAACAAGCAUGCUGCACGGCUUGCCCUCUGCAGGGGCUGCAUGGCGCCUGCCCCCUCUCCCUCUCUCCGCAGCCAGCCCGGCCCGAUCCGCCUUCCCGGCCUCUCCCGCCGGACCCUCCACCCAAGGCCCCCCCUUCGGACAGGCCGCCCCCCCCCACACGCCCGCUGCCCGCGGACCCCCCAGGCUCUCAGCCCCCAGGUCUGGCCAAGCCCCCCCCACCACAGAGGCCGCUGCCCUUGGACCCCCCGGGACCUUCGCUCCCCCCUGGUCACCCUUAUGUCACCGUGAUCCCCUCCAGACCGGCCCCCCCGCCACCCAUGGGUGCCCCCCCGGAGGCGUGAGCCGCGGGCUGGGACUGCCGCAGCGCUGGAGCCAC